GGCCGGGUGCCUUGGGGCCGCCUCCUGACGUCGGGAACCUGCCGUGCGCGGGGGCGGAGCGGGGCGGGCGGAGCCGGCUGGAGGGGCGAGGCGCCCGGCCUGCCGCCGCGCCGGGCCCGAGCAGGCCGAGACGUGAGGAGAAAAUGCGAGAUUGCGAGAGGAGGAGGAGGAGGAGGAGGAGAGCCAGCAGGGCUGCGCCCCGCGCCGCCGGCCCGUAGCAGCGCCAGCAGCCAGGAUGUGUAGAGAUUAAGUGCCAAGCGCCAAAAUGAGCGUGACUUCGUGGUUCUUGGUGAGCAGCACUGGCAUUCGCCACCGGCUCCCUCGGGAGAUGAUAUUUGUUGGCAGAGAUGACUGUGAACUGAUGCUCCAGUCCCGCAGUGUCGAUAAGCAGCACGCUGUGAUCAACUACGACAAGGAGAAAGAUGAGCACUGGGUGAAGGAUCUCGGGAGCUUGAACGGCACGUUCGUCAAUGACGUGAGGAUUCCUGACCAGAAGUACAUCACCCUAAAACUGAACGAUGUCAUUCGCUUCGGCUACGAUUCGAACAUGUAUGUCCUGGAGCAAAUUCAACACAAGGUCCCAGAAGAAGCAUUAAAGCACGAGAAGUACACCAGCCAGCUCCAGAUGAAUUUCAAAGGCACGGCGAUGAAGAGGGCGGAGCAGCCCAUGGAGCACGGUGUCUACACGGAGUCCCAGCAAGCGAAGCUGGAGAAAGGAGAGAGGAAACCAAUUACAGAGACCAAUACUUACCGCACCCCUCUUUAUGGGCAGCCUUCCUGGUGGGGGGAAGAUGAUGCAAAUAACAAGGAGGACAGAAGGCAGGAGGAACAUUAUUCAGAUAGAUCAAAAGAGAUAGCCCAACAUGAAGAAGAACUGAAUGGCAAUAUUUCUGCUUAUAGAGAUUCCCAAGAACAGUCGGUGUUUGCUUUCCGGAGAGAGCCAAGUUACUUUGAGAUCCCAACUAAAGAAUUUCAGCAGCUAUCAAAAUCUCCAGAAACUCAGGUCCAUGAGAUCCCGACAAAGGAUAUCGAUGCUAUAGUAGCUCCAGUUGUACAGAGUCAUGCCUCUUUCACUAUUGAAUUUGACGACGGUACCCCUGGUAAAAUAAAGAUAAAAGAUCACGUAACUAAAUUUUCACUCAGACAAAGAAGACCUUAUAGCAAGGAGCCAGCUCACACAGAAGUGAUGUCAGCAGAGAGCAAGGUGGCGGACUGGCUUGUCCAGAAUGACCCCAGCUUGAUGAGGCGGCAGUCUCCAGGAGACGAUGUGUACAGUACCAAGAGUGACCUGCCGGUUCAUGCAAAGACGCUUAAAGGUUCCCGGUCGUUGAAUGAAUCAAGUUGUGUGCCUUCACACCCGUUUCCUUCUCCAAAAAAAGGCAAUAGGCACGAGGACGGGACGCAGAGCGACUCGGAAGACCCUGUGGCACCCAAGGCAGAGAAGGAGACAACGACGACAGGCAGCGAACGGGCGGUGGAGCAAACCAAGCUGCAGCGCCAGAUGAGGCGUGACCCCCACGAGAUGCUGCACAACAAGCAGGCGUUCGUCAUCGAGUUCUUUGAGGACACGCCGCGGAAGAAGCGGUCGCAGUCCUUCACGCACAGCGCUCACUCCUCCCAGAGCGACACCGAUCCUGGGCUGAAGACCAAGGUCGAGAAGCGCAAGAACGCGCUGCCGGCCGAGAAGCAGGGCAAUGCGGUGCCUCCAUCCCACGUCGGGAUGCAGGCGGGCAAACCCAGUAACAGCUCCACGGGGACCCAAAGAGCUAGCUCGUUCAAGAGAGAGAAGACAGAGGAUCGGAUCAGCUCUUCAUCCUCCUCCGCUUCCAGAGCAUCAGGCAAAACCUACGGGAGCGUUGGGAGGAAGUCUAAAAUGGCUCAGGAUUUUAUGGCCGAGUACCUGCGGGAGACUUCUCAGUCUGGCAAGGCAGGGGCUGAGAAACCAGCACCUCAGCCCGUGCCGGCAGCUCCACGCGUGGUUAUAUCAUCAGAACCAGAGUCUGCCUCUGCUCCACCUCCGGAGGUAAAGUCAGCCCAGGGCAGGAGGAACGACGAGGAAGAUAGCGUGAGCGAGACGGGCACAUACACCAUCGAGACGGAGUCGCAGGAUAAAGAGGUGGAAGAAGCGCGGAAAAUGAUAGAUCAGGUUUUUGGUGUUCUUGAGUCACCUGAUUUUUCCAGAAUAUCCUCAGUCUUUAGACCAGUCAUAAAAGGUGAAAAAGACGACUCUGGUUCCCAUCAGCAUUUAAUCACUGAAAACGGCACUAGUCAGAAGUCACCCUUGCUCCAGGCAUUUGCCUCAAAAGCUGUGAGUGGGUCUCAGGCUGACAUGCAGAUGUCUGCAGCAGCUCAGGGCAGUCAGAAGUGGGUGUCUAGGUGGGCGAGCCUUGCCGACAGUUACUCUGACUCUGGAUCUGUUUCUGGGCAGGCUGACGGAGGUACAGAAAGCAGUGUAGCCACAAAACCUGGGGAACCAGAAAACGCUGUACCCUUGAGAACGAGGCGCCUUCUUCCCCAGCUCCCGCCGAGCGAUAAAUCGGACAGCCCCACGCCCACAGUUCUGGUCUGCCAGGAGGCCUAUUCCGAGGUUACAAAGAGAACCGUCGUGAAGGACCACUGUGUGGAAGCCUAUGGUGAUCCCAGCAGCCGCCUCUUCAUCCAGGAAGACUUGGAUCCAGAUAGCCUCAGUGAUGCCAGCAGAUCCGACGAUGGCUUCAGCUCAGAAAAAAGCAGGAAGUACAAAGAAAACAAUAAAAUGCUGGAUCAGACGGGAGAAGACACAAAAUCAGAGAGCCGGCAGCCAGGAGCCCCCCGCGUUACAAAUAUGAGAGCUGUAAGUGAGGCAGUUUCUACUUCGUUCUACAUUGGCGAUGACAGCAAUGAUGUGGGGAUUGCCUCCAAGCUCUGCCUGAGCAUGGCCCAUUCUCGAGCAGACAAAGACAGCAAGGAUCAGGAGUUUUCCUUCAAGUCUGCUGGCACACCUGUUCCUGGAAAGCCACCGGUCAAAGACGUCAGUGCUUACAUUAAUGCAGCAGGAAAAAUGGUUAUUUCCCUUCACCAGAGUCCUCAAGACCAGGAAAAUGUGGCAGGAAAGGAAACAUCAUCUUUUGUUAGACAGGAAAGCUUUACCAAAGAUAAAUCAAGCAGCAGCGUUCCUCAAAAUAAACUUCCGCAUAUUUCAAGUCACCCUCUGCUUAAAGAUUUAGAGGCCGUUCGGUCAACCCGCAUGGACUUUGGUCAGGACACUCAUCUACUCCUUAAGGAUACUGAAACUGCCUUGGCAGCGCUGGAAGCCAAAUUUCUUGGUCAAAGCCAACAGCUGGAGGCCUCAGAAACUGCUGGUCAGCUGGAGGACUCCUUGUCUGGCGACUCCGACGUGGACACAGCCAGCACGGUCAGCUUGGUGAGCGGCAAAAACGUCCCCACGAGCGCCCCGAAACGCAAAGCGGUUGCGAGCUUGCAGAAGGAGAAAUCUUCCUCCACGCCGUCCAUCCAGGACCAGUGCGGGCAGCCGAGCGCACGGGACAGGCUGACGGAGAAGAGGAAGACCCAGGUGCCGGAAGCACCGAGGUGUGUGGAGGCCACCAAGCGCUUCCAGAUGAAGCGGAGCGCUGGGACUCGGGGCUCGCUCGACUUCACGGAUGAUGAGAGAAGCUCGAGCCUGCCCUACUUGCCGGUCCCAGACGCGGUCGUGUCUGACCACGAGCACUCGGUAACGCGGCCAGUUCCCAGAAGGAAGCCUUUUCCUCAGGCUGCCAAGGAGGAGCACAGCAAAGCGACGCCAAAUGUGCAGAAGAUCCAGCAAGUUCUCACCCGCUCCAAUAGUUUAUCCACCCCGCGGCCCACCAGGGCCUCCAAGCUCCGUCGCGCCCGUCUGGGCGACGCUUCGGAUAACGAGUGUGUUGAUGCCGAGAAAACAGCCUCCAACCACGAAGCCACUGCGCCGGGCUCCAAGCAGUCCACGGAGACAAAAAAGCUCUCCCGGCUUGACAUCCUCGCCAUGCCGAGGAAACGGGCGGGUUCCUUCACGGUGCCCAGUGACUCUGAAACCGCGCAGUCGAGGUCGGCGUUUUCGGGCCGGAGUGUGGAGUCCUAUCGGAAGACGGGUGUUGCGGAGGUCAGAGCCGCAGCGAGGAAAACGGCGGCUGCUGCCUCUGCCAAGCAGCCUUUCAGCAGGACCCGCUCGAGCAGUGUCAAGUAUUCUUCCACGUCCACGUCAAGGCGGAGACCACAGGGUUCAGAUUACACUUCUACUUCGGAGGAGGAAUAUGGCUCAAAUCACAGCUCCCCUAAACACAAACGCUCCCAUACUUCAACAGCCACACAGACGCCGAGGAUGCGUGGCUCUGGGCUGGGCAAGCAGAAACACAACGGCAGAGAAACAGAUGAUGAUGAAGAGUUUGACGACCACCCUGACCCCUACAACUUCAUGGCGCAAACAGCAGAGAUAGCAGAAAUAGCCAGACUAAGCCAGACCUUGGUGAAGGAUGUGGCCAUCCUUGCUCGAGAGAUUCAUGAUGUUGCUGGAGAUGGGGACUCACAGAGUUCGUCGGGGACGGGACCAAGCACCUCCCUCAGCUCUGUGCCCAACACUCCUGCUUCUACCAUAUCGGCGAGAGAAGAGAUUGCUCGUAGAUCUUUUCGGCUGGCAUAUCCAUCUCAGUUGGUGCAGCACAUUCCAGAAGCAAGUCUGAACUACCAGAAAGUGCCUCCGGGAUCAGUGGAGCUGAAGGAUUUUGACCAAAAUAUGAACGAUAAUAGAGAAGAGGAUCCAUCAAAAAAAACAAGGACAAGAAACCGUGAGGAGGUAAUCUUUGACAACCUGAUGUUGAACCCAGUGUCCCAGUUAUCACAUACAAUCCGUGAAAAUACAGAAAACCUAGCUGAAAAAAUGAAGAUUCUGUUUCAAAACUCAGAAAGGACCUGGGAGGAGAUGGAGGCCAAAAUUAACUCGGAAAAUGAAGUGCCAAUUCUGAAGACAUCAAACAAGGAAAUCAGUUCUAUCCUGAAGGAGCUCAGGAGAGUUCAAAAACAACUUGAAGUUAUAAAUGCUAUCAUUGACCCUACUGGAAACUUGGAUGUAGUUGCCAGUAACAAAGCAUCUGCUGCUGCUAAACAAUCCACAGCCACUAAAGUCAGGACUGCUAAUGCUUCUGGGUCCACGCUGGAGACAUUGUCCUCAGCACAGAUGAGAAACUACACGCAGAAAUCGAACUGUGGCUCUUCUAGCUUGCAAGAUUCGAAUUUCAUUCCGGAUGGAGAGAAAUACGUGAUCUGAUAAAAUAUUUUGUAUUGCUAUCAUACUGUAAUCUACUGUCGCAUUAGUAUUGUGUGUGAGUGGUUUGUGGACAGUUUGUGUGGAGCAGUUGUUUAGAUUGCUAACAUGUUGCACAAAAAAAAGAAAAUCUAUGCUGUGAGGGUGAAUGGCAAGUCUGUGUAUGCCUUUUAAACAAGACUAGCACUGUGGAGCAGCACAUAUUCAGCAUAGAGGCAAAAUGGUUUUUAAAGAAUUACUUAUUCUUCCAGUGUGCCAUAAGACAACAGGCUUUGCGUACCCUCCGUUCAGUACUGCCGAAGCUGAAGUGUUCUUGCAUUAGCCUGUUUAUAAUUAUUCAGUUAUAAUGAGGCGCAGGUUAAAAACAAAAAACAAAAACACACAACACUUUGGUACUGUACUUUCUUUGGUUUUGUUUAUUUUUUUUUUGUUUUGUUUUUGUUUUUUACUUGUACAAGUGAGCAUUGCAGCUCUGCUGGAAUCAAUGUGCAAAUCCAGCAGAACGAUGGUGCAAUAUAACAGGUUUCUCAGAGGAACCCUUGCUGCAGUUCUGUAAUCAGCAGUCUUAAAAAGGCGAUCACACUGAAGUUGUACAUAUUAUCUUUUUUUUUUUUUCAGUCCAAAAAACAAAAGACAGAGCAAACCCUGUGUUGUUUUCUCUUGGGAAAGUGUAAAAGUUAAUGAUGGUGUGAAUGUAAAGGUUUCUGAUACAGUUACUGUUUUUGAUGUUUCAGGCCCAAAGUUUGGUGUAGGUACAAAAAGUCAAAUUUUACAGUUUAGCUUGCCAAAUUUUUGGUACAGUUGCUAUCUUUAAGCUUUUUAUGAACUAUUCAACCUUUUUGCAAUGAACUAGAAAUACUCCUGGCUGGGCCAAAGACUAAGAUGUUUGAUUUAGCUAAUUGCUAAGAUAAACAUCUGUUCCAGUGGCUCACAUAAUAAACUUAAUGACACAGUUGCUGUGAACUAGUGUUCACUUGAUGGCACUCAAAAAAUAACAGCGUAAGUGUAGCUCCUCCUUUAUGGUUAGUUCUCUUAUUUUUUUUUCAAUGCAAAAGUGCUUGAAAACAACCGUUCUGUGGUGUUCUUUAGAAACUACCCACCAGUGUCAAGCACUUCAUGUAUCUGGGAUUUUUGUCUGGAUUUUCUUUUUGGUAAUUAUAAUCCUAGAAACACUACUAUGUGCAGUUGCACUAAGCAAUUUCUUGUUUUAAAAAAAUGCAUUUUGUAUUCUGCCUUUCAGUUAAGCUGCAAAACCCUAAGCAAUUUCUGUUGCUCUGAAAACAAAAGGUUUGGUUUUGCAGAGGACCUCUUCCAGAUGUGUUUGCUCCCAGUUUUUUCCAUCUCGUAUUGAUCCCUUUUUCAUUCUUCCUGGUCCAUAAACAGUAAUCAGGUAGAGAAAUUCUUCCAUGGUCGUGGAGGAUACAUUUGCUGGGAAAGGUGAGCAGAUGAGUUCCACUUUGCCCUCAUACAGUGUGUAAUUUAACUAGUGAAAUGGUAUCCCAAGCUUGACUGCUUCUUGUGUGCCGACUUUAUAUUUUGGGUGGGUAGUGGAUUCCCUAGCUAGCUUCAGUAGUUACCUGAGCUUUUCUGCUAGAAUGUUGUGAAAGUGGGAACCAGUUAAAAUAAUUUAAAUAAGUAGGGAUGCUCACAAAGUGUUUUAGUCUUACUAGCAAAGAGCAUGAGUGCUUUCCUGGUGAAGCCAGUGGGAGCUUUCUAUCAAUUUCAGCAGAAACAGGAUCGGUCCCAAAACGGGUCGUUAAUUUGAGCGUGCAGGAUGCUGGCUGGCAAACGGUAGGUUCAAAUAUCCUUCCAAUAUCUCCAGCAGGUUAGAACUCAUCUGCUUCUAUGGAGAUGCUCUUCCAUGAAGAAAUCUGCUGAAUUUCACACAGAUGAAUGCAGAAUAAUAAUAAAAAGUUGCCCAUGAUGCUCUUCUGCCUGUAAUAUACGCACUAUCUGAAUGUGUUGAUUCACUUGUUUACUCUGAUCUGUCUUUCCUUGAAAUACCUGACUGUGUCUGUGAUGACUGUCAUAAGCGGUGGUAUUGUUCCUGACAUAUGAAACAUUAUCCCAAGCCCUUCUUUGUUAGGGCUUGAUAUGACCAGGUGCUACCCCAACUCACUAGGAGUUGAAAGACCUUCACAGAUGAGGUAUUGCUGUUAGUUUUGGUUUUGCUGUAGAGACACGUGAAUUACUCAAACGUCUGACUCUUAUUAUUAUUGUUUGUUAACCACAUUUCCACAUCUUCGUGGCUACGCUCUAGAGGAUUUAUUUUCUUUACGUGUCCUUGAUUUGACUUCUGAUUGUUUUCACUUGAAAAUUGCUUGAUUCUUCCUUCCAUGAACACAUCAGGAAUGGAUUUUCUUCCUUGAUCGCUUUGUUCUGAAUUUGAGAGAGAGCCUGCAGACACCUUACAUCAAUUAAGUCAACCCACAAAAUACGGUACCUCUUCAAGUGACUAAUAAGGAUGCGGCAGUCCAUGUCUGCUUAUAAUUUGGACGUGUGUGAGAAGGGCUGGGGGGCGAGAUGCACAGCUUGGUUUAUUUGUGACUCAGCCAAAAUACAAAAUGCUUCUGUGUCCUGACUCAGCGUUCAUGCUUGGAUCUUUGCAUUUAAAACAGUCUUGUUAGUCAGCAAUGAAACGCAACAUUAUUAUUUCUUGUGUUCACCAUUUCUGAUAUUCAUACACCCCAUUUGCACUUGUUGGCACCAGAUACGCCAAAGAGCUAGCCACUUGAGUGUAACUCCUCUAUUCAUUUUCAAUCUUACACGCGGUACUGUGUGCAUCCAUGCCUCUGACUGCAGGCUGAGCGUACCAGGUGCAUAGCAGUGUCUUGUUGGCCCGGGACCAGUAUGCAAGACGCCUUUUGGCUUUGGUGACCUGUGGAUGGGCCUCGUGUUGAGCUUGGUGGGGGUGAUGCUGACCUGUGGGUCGUUCUCAUACCAUUUUGCUUUCAUGUGUUUUGUAUUUGACUAAAGAAAUGUAACGAAGGGUGGGAUUUUCCAAGGCUUAGGGAAGCAAGCACUCAGGCCGUUUUGGGUUUCCGUGCUAUCUGGGUGCCUGAUGCCUUGAGCACCUUUCAAAAUCCCAGCCCUCAGUUCUUCCGCUAUACUUGAAAACCAUGUUCUCAGUUCAGCGCUUUCAAAUGUAAAAACCUGUUACUCUGUUGUGCUGGGAUGAAUGUAAAUUCCUGGGAGAAUGUGUAUGAGCUUUGUGAGCGAGGACACCGUUGUACCUACAGUGAGGUCGUGUCGUGGUCACGCUCCAGGAGAAAAGAACGUCUGCAUCAUCUUUGAGUAAUAUUUUAGUAAAGGUAAAACUAGUGGAAUGUUUACAUACAGCCUACUGAAAAAAAGAGAAUUAAAAAAAAAGAAAAAAAAAAAAAGGAAGAAAAACUGUAAGGUAGUUAAGUGCAAGAUUCUACUAGUUUUUUUCUUGUUUUGCAGAUCACAGUAGCUAUUUUUGAAGUUUGGUAAAUGUGUAUAACUUUUGCAAAGACCAGACAGAACUACCUGUUCACUUUUGAUGUGCCCCAUGCUGAAUUGUGCCUAUUUCACUAUCUGCUGUUGUUAUGCUGCUGAUUCUGCUGUUCUGAACUGUUCACUGGAUCAUUCCAUUUGCAUGCAACACAAAUGCAAGCUGAGCUGUUUGAGACUAAAGCUGAAACACAUUUGUAUAACUUGAACUGAUUAAUGACUUUCUCUUUUCCACACCCUCUGGAAAUGCUGUGUAUAAUUUUAAUUUGUUUCUCCUACCUUGAUUUUUUUCUGCUUUUUUUAAUGGUAAUUUAUUUUUGUUUGGAUUAUAGGCAGUAUCUGUACAUUUUGUUCCAAGGUGAUAUUGUGGACAUCUUUAAAAAAAAAUAAAUAAAUUGUUAUUUUAUAUAAUUUUAUCAUAAAGUUGCUCUAAUAAAUCAUUCUUAUAUCAUGUGA